AUGCUCUAUUCUCAAAAACUCUCUCAAAACGCUCGCGCCAAGAAAGACAAUGUCACCUAUCUCAACAUUAUGGUUGUCGGUAUGUCAGACUUUGGCAAAACAUCCUUUAUUCGCACCUUUUGUGAAGCUUUGAAGCAAGACAUGAUUCAAGGCACUUAUAAGGAAUCCAAACACAAGGCUCUUAAAGGCCCCGUCCAGUUAACGGAAGAACUCUACACUAUCUCUAUGCAGAUCGAACAAGAUGGAAAGCGUAUCGCAUUGACUUUUAUUGAUACACCUGGUCUUACUUCUAGUCCCACUGUGGCUGAUCAACUCAAGUACAUUACCAAGUAUGUUGACCAUCAAUUCGCUCGAACUCUUGCUGAGGAAUCCAAAGUUAGGCGUGAUGCCAAGGCACUUGACACACACAUCCAUGCUUGCCUUUACUUUAUGGGGGCAUCCUGUAUUCAAGGUUUAACUGAUGUCGAUAGAUUCAUUCUGAAGGUCCUUAGUGCUCGAACCAAUGUUAUUCCUGUCAUUGGAAAAGCUGAUACAUUGACAACCGCUCAAACCGAGAAAUUGAAAAAGACUAUAAAGAAGGAUAUCUUUGACACACAUCGUAUCCCUGUUUAUGGCUACAUUGAAGAAGAGAAUGAUGGCGAUGAUGACCAUGACGAAGAUGAUGACGAUGAUAGCGUUUCCGAGGAGGAGAAUUCUUAUUUGUCGAGAACCAUAAAUUUCCUUAUGGAAUGCGUAGAAGAAGACAAGGAUGAGGACGCUCAUGCGAUGCUUGAAUAUCUCCAUGCUAUGCCCUUUACUGUGAUUGGAUAUGAAGAAGAUCUCGAAUCAGGUCGCCCUAUCCAGCUCUUGCCAGGGGAGGCAAGCAGUCAGCCAUCAAGCGCGGUGAGUUUAACAGAUCCAGGAUACUAUAGUGAAUCCAUCGGCAGUAUCGCUAGUUCUGAAAUCUCUCCGAAUAGUUCCAAGUCAAGUAUUGUAAGUCAUGGUAUGGGAUCCACCAAACAUUUACUCGGAAGGCGAUAUCCUUGGGGCGUUGUCGAUUGCUAUAAUCCUUCACAUUCCGACUUUUUGCUCAUCAAAAAGGUCUUGUUAAAGACACACAGAGAAAUGCUUAGGAUUGAUACUUUUGAAUGCUUUUAUGAAAAAUACCGAACCCAACAAUUGAUGGAAAAGCCAUCAUUAGUAUAA